AGCAAUCGGCGUUUUGUCAGUCUUGUUUUGUUUGAGAUCUGUUUGCACUAACGUUUGUAGUACUUUGGAGUUGUACGGUUGAUUUUAGUGUAUUGGAGCCCAUUUGGAGUCUUUUUUAACAAUACUGAACGAUGACUGCUCCAAUGGAACGUAUUCACGUCUUAGAUUCAAUUGAAAAAGACAUCAUAACAUGCUUAAACAGCGCCGGCCAAGUCUUUCUGGAGCUAAGCAAAGAAAAGUCUAGUUUAAAGCAAGCAGAAAACCAUACACAGACAUUCCUUAAAACACUUUCUUCAGUUGAGAACAGGCUAACUGACCAAAUCAACUAUUUAACUCAAGUUUCCACUGGUCAGCCUCACGAAGGAUCUGGAUAUGCCUCACAGAAAGUGUUACAAAUGGCUUGGCACAGAUUAGAACAUGCCAGGUCCAGAGUCAAUGAAUUGGAGAAGAUUAAAUUGAAACAUAUACAAGGAAGGACAGCAGCCCAACCACAACGACAAAUCCAACCACAGAUUCAAGCAGGACAAAACUUGCCUACCUCAGCUAUGAGUGUCCCCCAGCUACAAUCCCAAUCCACUUGACAGUUGACAGAAAUGUACAGAGAACUGAUAUUUCGGAUGCUAGAGUACCAGAUGUACAGUGACGAACCUGUCAGGGGUCAAAAUCUUGGGUCUAAUCAGUAAUUAUUUUAGUAUAUAUAUAAUAUUUUAAUAAUUUGUAGCAUAUAUAUAAUUCAAUACUUAUUAGCUUUAUUAAUGUAUUAUAGAUAAAAGGGGACAAUAUAGGCAUUAGAUCACGUUUUUAAAA